UUCAUACUCUUAAGAACCUUUUAUUUUUUGUUUGGCCUUAUGGAAGUGAAGGAAGAACCCAUUCACAUUCCAGCCGGAGAAGAAUGUUUACCAAACGGUGCCGGCACCGUUGUAAAAAAGCCUUCUCCCUCGUCUCCCGUAGUCAUCGAUAGCGAUUCGGAUUCGGACGAGGGGGAGAUUGAUGGUAAUUUCUCUAAGAUCAUAAGGAUGAGCGAGCUUGCUUUACCGGUGGCCGGGCUUCUUUAUCCUUCUCUGCCGUUAUUGUUACCGGAGCCAGAAGUGAUCGUUGAUCGGUCGGAAUCGAAUUUGAAGGUUGCGUCUCAGGGUUGUAAGCAGUUUUGGAAAGCAGGAGAUUAUGAGUUCGCUCCUUCUAGUGAUUGGACUUCUUCUGCUGGUGGCAUGGAUCACGUCAGGGUUCAUCCAAAGUUUCUUCAUUCAAAUGCAACCAGUCAUAAGUGGGCUCUUGGAGCUUUUGCUGAGCUAUUGGAUAAUGCAUUGGAUGAGGUCUGCAGUGGUGCUACAUAUGCAAAUAUUGAUAUGCUUACUAAUAAGAAAGAUGGGAGCAGAAUGUUGCUAAUCGAAGAUAAUGGUGGUGGGAUGAAUCCAGAUAAGAUGCGGCAUUGCAUGUCAUUGGGGUAUUCUGAGAAAAGCAAAUUAGCCAACACCAUUGGACAAUAUGGAAAUGGUUUUAAAACUAGUACAAUGAGGCUUGGUGCAGAUGUCAUUGUGUUUUCUCGUUGCCAGGGAAAUUCUGGAAAAAGCGUCACAAAGAGCGUUGGUCUUUUAUCUUACACAUUUUUGAGGAGCACAGGGAAGGAAGAUAUUGUAGUUCCCAUGCUUGAUUAUGAAAUGGAAGGAGAUGGAUGGAGCAAGAUGGUGCGAUCUUCUCUUAGCGAUUGGAACAAAAAUUUAGAGACCAUUGUUCAAUGGUCUCCAUUCUGUAGUGAAGGGGAGCUUCUUAAAAAGUUCUCUAUGAUAAAAGGUAAUGGAUCGCGAAUAUACAUAUACAACCUUUGGGAGGAUGAUCAAGGGCAGUUAGAGCUUGAUUUUGAUUAUGACCCACAUGAUAUUCAAAUUAGAGGGGUCAAUCGAGAUGAGAAGAGUAUACAGAUGGCUAAACAGUACCCCAAUUCCCGGCACUUCUUGACUUAUCGACACUCAUUGAGGAGUUAUGCAUCAAUAUUGUACUUAAGGCUUCCUCCUAGCUUUCGAAUUAUUCUUCGUGGAAAAGAUGUUGAGCAUCAUAAUAUUGUGAAUGAUAUGAUGUUAUCUGAGAAGAUUAAAUACAGGCCGCAACCUGGUGCUGAGGGGAUCUCAAAAGAUGUCAAUAUGAUUGCUGAUGUCACCAUUGGGUUUGUAAAGGAUGCUAAACAUCAUAUCGAUGUCCAAGGAUUUAAUGUCUAUCACAAGAACAGACUGAUUAAGCCCUUUUGGAGGCUUUGGAAUGCUGCAGGAAGUGCGGGUCGUGGAGUUAUAGGUGUAUUGGAAGCCAACUUUGUUGAACCAGCUCAUGAUAAGCAGGGAUUUGAGCGUACAACAGUUCUUUCAAGACUUGAGGCACGCCUUGUACAAAUGCAAAAGAACUAUUGGUCUUGUAAUUGCCAUAAAAUUGGCUACCACUCUAAUCGAAUGCAGACUAAUGGUUUUGAUAGAGAAAAGACUCCUGAUUCUACCAUGAAUACUCUUCCCAUGAAAAGGAAAAGUGAUAACAUAAGUGAUACAAGCCCGGCCUCAGUUUCAGAAAAGAUACAUUCCCACUCUAAUCAGAAAGGAACAGGUAAAGGAGCAAGUAAUUUGAAAUCAUCAGCCUUUCCUCCUACUGAGCAAAUCAGCGACAAUAGUGAUGAUAUCAUGUACACUCCCGUGCGUGAGAAGUACACUAGUGGCAAUAAUAAUAAGGCAAUCCCACCUGAGAGAACAUUUGGCAGUUUGAGUCCACCUGUGACUCGAAAAGAUUGUGCUUCAAGUGGAAGAAAUGUUCAAUUUACUCCAGUGAAUUUGCCUAAGAAAAGUUCUGUUGGUCGUAGGAGACAUUCUUCUUCAGAUUCAGAGUCAGAGUCCCUCAUUCUGGAGCAGUUGAGGAAAGAAAAUGCUGAAUUAAAAGACCAACUGGAUAGAAUCGAAGGAGAUGUUUUAGGUGAAGUACUGCAGGAUUUGCAGUAUGAAAGGGACAGGUGCACGUCUCUAGAGAGUCAGCUGGAAGCAUCGCAACAAAAAAUCGAUGAGUUGAAUAAGGAAAAAGAAAGCCUUAUCGAUUUCAUAUUGUCUCAGAUGAAAGGGAAAGAUGAGGAAGUUGCAGGAUGCAUCUAAUACUAUUCAGGAGUUGCUUGCAAGGUAAAGCUGCUGGAAAUGGUGAAGGCGUCUUUUAAUCGAAAAGUAGAACAUUGAGAACGUAGUGAUAGCCAUGUACAUACGACAUUGCUAACUUUUGGCUCAAGAUUCUGUUGGUUAUGGGUUACUGCACUGGGGAUUCCAAUCGUGGAAUUCAGUUUUGUUUAUGGAUGGCUUUCCAUUCCUAUGUGAAGACUAAUCUAAUCAUAGGGAGAUAGGAUCACUAGCUGUAUAGUUGGUAAUUAUGUCUUUAGGUUUUAGUACUUUUGACCAUUAUUUUCUCUGGAUAAAUGACUGUACAAAAUGAGGAGAGGGAGACCAGAGUGAAAUAUGAGGAGCUAGAAGUUCAUUUGUUUUAGCUGGCUGUUUUGCCAAUUAUUUUUUUAUAAAUGACCGUACAUACUAAAAUAAAAAUAAAAUUUAAUAUACUUCAAAUGAAAAAAUCAAUUUUCUCUUCUA